ACCUAAUCAUUAAACAACAAACACAUUCAACGUAGAUUCGUAGAAAGUAUGAGCAUUUUUCAUUUUACUGUUUCUCAGUGAUUGAACAGUGAACAUUCAUCUCAUCUUGACGAACAUUCUGUUUGAAUUUUCAAGCAAAAUCACGAAUAAAAAAUGUUUAGAGAGCAAUUCGAUAAGAACGGUUACGUUAUCAUCGAAGAUUUCUUAACCGAAGAAGAAAUCAACGAAUUGAAAUCUGCAGGAGAAAAAUUCAGCUUAGAAGCAAGCACUGCGUCAAAUCAGGCUGGAAUAUUUGAUACAACUUCUAGUCCUCAAAGCUCAGACCGAUAUUUUUUAGAAAGUGGUGACAAAAUCAGUUACUUCUACGAAUCUGGUGUUCGUAAUGAAGAUGGAACUCUCAAAGUAGACCCGAAAAUAGCUCUGAACAAGGUGGGCCAUGCGUUGCAUUGGCUUCACCCGACAUUCAAGAAGAUAACUUUUCAUGAAAAAGUCAAACAAGUUUGUCGCGAAUUGGAUUUAGUGAAACCUGCCAUCGCACAGAGCAUGUACAUUUAUAAGAAUCCUAGAGUAGGCAGCGAAGUAAACACACAUCAAGAUGCAUCCUAUUUAUACACCGAGCCACCGAAACUAUAUGGAUUUUGGUUCGCAUUGCACGAUGCCACAGAAGAAAAUGGUUGUUUACAAUUUAUACCCGGAUCUCAUCACGAAGAAGUUACCUAUCGAUUUAUCAGGAACCCCGAUCCGAAUUCUGAACAGCUUUGCAUUUCUACCGGUGCACAGAAAACGAAAACUUACGAUGAUGAUCGAUUUAAAUUCGAACCGGUGAAAAAAGGUUCCUGUGUACUAAUCCAUGGACAAGUAGUUCAUAGAAGUUUCCAUAAUUCAUCGGAUAAACCUCGACAUGCUUAUACAUUCCACGUAAUCGAUACUCAUCAAAGUGAAUAUUCGUCGCAGAACUGGUUACAAGCCGAGUUCCAGUCUUUGUAUGAGAAUUGAUUGAAUUCGUAUAUCAAUUCCACGAUUUACAAUGUAAUGUAUUUCAGAAUGUUGAAUAUUUGAUUAUAAAUUUUCCAGGUAUUGAAGUACCUAUACUUAAUGCCUGUAAUCCAUGAUGAAUUGUAUUUUUUAUUAUAACUUGUAAAAUAA